GGCCGGCCGGACAGCGGAGGCGCCUGCCCACCGCCGAGGGACGCGGGCGUCGGGCCAGGGCCCGGUGCUCCCACCGCCAUGGCGAAGGACGGGGGCUGCAGCGGCCUGUGUGCCACCUGCCUCUUGUGCCUUUACAGCUGCCGCUGGCGUCGCAGCGGGAAGGGUCUUUCCACGAGCAAGUGCGACUGCGCCUGGUUCUUCUUCCUCCUCGGCGUGUGCCUUUUCACCCUGGCCUGGCUCUACCUCGCCCUCAUCACACUCAAUGAUUUCCACAACCUCAACGAAUUCAUCUUCCGCAAGACCGAGUGGUGGCUUGACUGGUCGCUGGUGAUGCUCUCUGGAACGGCAACCCUCGCGACGUACGCCUCUGUGCUCCUGGUUCUGGCACUGGGCCUGCAACUCUGCCGCCAGCCCCUCAAGCUGCAUUGGCUGCACAAGAGUCUCCUGAUCCUGGCAGUGCUUGCAGUGGCGGCAGCUUUUGUGGGAGUGGAAAUCCAGUGGGCAAGCCAGUGGGAAAGUGCCCACAUCUCUCUGCAGGCAACAGGCCCCUUCCUGCACAUCGGAGCCGUGGUGGGCAUGACUCUCCUCGCCUGGCCAGUGGCCGACUGCUUUUACCGGACCUCCCGCUCAGCCCUCCGGAUACCUCUGCUGUUGCUGUAUUUGGGCUCAGUGUUCGCCCUGUACCUGGCCCCACUGGGCAUCGACUCCCCCUGCUUUUUGGAGCACAGCCAGCUGCCCCCCAAACCAGCUCUGUUUGGGCACCGUGGAGCUCCCAUGCUCGCGCCAGAGAACACCCUGAUGUCCUUCCAGAAGGCGGCCAACUGUGGCGUGAGUGCCUGGGAGACAGACGUCCUGGUGAGUGCCGACGGGGUGCCGUUCAUCAUGCACGACGAGACGCUCAUCCGGACCACGAAUGCUGAAGAGGUCUUCCCCGUGCUGGCCCGAUCCAGCGCCAGCGCCUUCAACUGGACGCAGCUGCAGCAGCUGGAUGCCGGCAGCUGGUUCGUGCAGAACCCUCCCUUCCCCACUGCACGAAGCCUCUCACGCGACGACCUGAUCCUGGCAAAGGCCCAGCGCAUCCUCUCUCUGACGCAGCUGCUGGGUGAGGCGGAGAGGCACAACAUGGCGGUCAUGUUCGACCUGCGGCCAGAGGAGGAUCCCCAGUACCAGCACCUGGUCAACAUCACAGUGGCGGCCGUCCUCCAGUCGGGAAUCUCCCCAGAGCUGAUCCUGUGGCUACCUGAGCAGUUUCGGGAUCAGGUGAAGAAGCAGGCCCCUGGAUUCCGGCAUGUCUAUAAACGGAAGAGGCUGAGCAAUGAGACGGAAGCACCCCUGCGUGUCAACCUGCCUUACCAAAACCUGAGCACUGCAGAGAUCCGGGAGUACCGCCAGGACAACAUCUCAGUCAACCUGUACGUGGUGAAUGCCCCGUGGCUCUUCUCUGUCCUCUGGUGUGCCGGGGCCAGUUCCGUCACCACAAACACCUGCCACGUGCUGCAAGGGAUGGAGCGUCCCCUCUGGCUUCUGCCUCGUGCCACCUACCAAAUGAUCUGGAUCGUGACUGACUGCGUCUCCUUCUUGCUGAUCGCGUGGGCCUUCCUGCUGCUGAAAAGAUGGUCCCGGAGAAAAGAGCCUGCAGGGUCUGACUCGGAUGUGCUGCUGACCAAGAUCCACAGCCUGUUGGCCGAGUGACACGGGGGCAGGCGGCAAGCACGGGCCCGUCCCCCCGUCGCUGUCUCGCAGGGGGACCCUCCUUUUCCAAAAUGCCUCUCCUGGGCACGGCUUGUGGGGGGGGGUUGCCAGCCCGGAGCAGCCUGCACGCUUCAGAGCCAAGAGCACUCCUGCAGCCGCCGGGCAGGGGAGCCGACUCCAGCGCUGGGCCACGUGGGGGCUUAGCCUGGCGCCUCCCGCGGCCGGGCUCGGGGCCUGGCGUGCCUGCAAGAGCACUGCAUCUGCUGGGCCCAGACCGGGAGCCUGCUUCGUGAAGGUCAGCGCAUCCUCCUUGUAUGGGAAGUGACCCAAUCUCUCUGAAGCCAUUCUCAAUAAAGCAAACCAUAUGG